CUCUUUAACAUCUUCUUUGGCAACUAGAACUGUUCAAAAAGCCACGGCAAUCUCUCUGAUUCUAUUUCACAAUGUCUGAGCGUAAAGUCCUUCAGAAAUACUACCCCCCAGACUUCGAUCCCAAUGACAUCAGUCGCCGUCGAGGGCCCAAAGCCGCCGGGCCGCGAAUUCAAACCGUCCGACUCAUGGCUCCUUUCUCCAUGAAGUGUUUGAGCUGUGGUGAAUACAUCUACAAGGGUCGCAAAUUCAACUCUCGCAAAGAGAUUCGACCAGACGAAAAAUAUCUAGGCAUUCAGAUCCUCUUCUUCCAUAUCAAAUGCACAAGAUGUAGCGCCGAAAUCACGUUCCGAACCGAUCCUCGAAACACAGACUAUGCGAUGGUUAAAGGCGCCAUGCGAUCAUUCGAACCCUGGAGAAAUCGAGAAUUAGCUGAGGAGUCGGUAGAGGAAAGGCUGGAUAGGCUAGAGCGAGAGGAAGCGGACGCUGCCGGAGAGGAAGAGAAGAAUGCCAUGGAGGAUCUUGAAGCGAAGAACGCCGAUGCUAGACGCGAAAUGGCAGCAGCGGAUGCCCUCGAUGAAAUAAGGCAAAGAAACGCAAGGAUACAUCGAUCUGAAAAGGAAGGGACCGACUUUGCGGACACUAUCGUUCGUUCUGAAGACGAGGAGCGGGAACGGCAAGAGAGAGAGGACGACGAAGCCGCCAAGGCGGCUUUUGCGGCAGCUAAACGAUUAGGCAACUCUACUCUUGAUAGCAUAGGCGAGGCGGAAGAGACGGCUGUUGAAGUCGCUGAACCUCCCACCCUAACCAAUGGCGACAACACGGCAGAGAAGGCAGCAUCGCCAUUAGAGGCGAGCACGGCAAAAACCUCAAUGCCCGCCCCGUCACAGCCGCCAUCUUUCAAGAGAGUGGUGAAGAAAAAGAAAGACCAUGCCGCAUUGCUUGGUAUAAAAAAGAAGCCUUCUCUAGUAUAAGGACCAAAAGGGCUUGUUUGAAGUGUAAGGGGUUACGGUGCUCAUUGUGUGUUUUGGAAAUAAUGGCUUAUGGAAAUUUUAUUACAUGUUAAUGUUGAUUUACUUUACGACGAUAUGAAUAUGGGCGAUAUCAAUACCAAUAAGAAAGAAUUACAUCUA